AUGGCGCCCGUCAUGGGUGCCGACCGGGGGCCCGGUGUCUUUAUUCUGAACCUCUUCUUCGUCUCCUUGGCCGUUGUCAUUCUGGUGUUGAGAGUUUUCACGCGGGCCCUGAUUGUCAAAGCCUUUGGUCUGGAUGACUGGCUCAUGAUUUUGGCAGCAAUCUUCUUCAUUCUAUAUGUUGCCAUGUCCAACACUGGCGUCCAUUACGGGACCGGCCAGCACAUGGACGUUUUGUCCCCGUUCCAGAGGGAAAAGGCCAUGAUGUACUGGUGGUACUGCUACAUGUUCUACAUCCUCUGCAUGGUGUGCUCCAAGCUGUCCUUUGCCUGGUUCCUCCUCCGCAUCACCACGGCCAGAGUCCACGCCUGGGUUGUCUACGCCGCCUCCCUCCUCUCCGUUCUGGCCGCUACGAUCUUCUUCUUCGUCACCAUUUUCCAGUGCAAGCCGGUGUCCUUUUACUGGACCCGCCUCGGCGGCAACAUCGACGGGACCUGCCUGAGCAUGGACGUCAUCAUGUCCAUCGCCUACUUUUACAGCAUCUGCAGCAUCGUCACCGACUUCACUUUUGCGGUGCUUCCGGCCUUUGUCAUUUGGAACCUGCAGCUCAAGAUGAGGGCCAGGUUGGCGCUCAUUGUUCUGAUUGCCAUGGGCUGCGUGGCAAGUUCCGCACUCGUCGUUCGGUGCGCAUUCCUUAAGCACUUCAGGGAUGCCGACUUUCUUUAUUCUACCAUCGACAUCGUCAUCUGGUCCUCCAUCGAAAUGGGCCUGGCCAUCAGCGCCGCCAGCCUGGCCACGCUCCGGCCCCUCCUCAAGCUCGUUGCCGUCAAGCUCGGCAUCACGUCAGCGCGCACUGCCCCAAGCGGCGCCCCCUACGGAACUGGCCCGCACUCCAAGACUGUGCAGAGCAAGAACCGGAAUGCCAACCCCUUUGACCCGAACGUCUACGUCAUGUCCGAGUUCUCGCAGGGCACGAGCGGCUCCCCUACGAACGUCGAUGGGCAGUUCGGCACUCAGACAACGGCGUAUGCCGGCGGCUACGGAAAGGGCCGGCAGUAUACCCGGGAUGUCAAGCUCGACAGCGACAACGAGAGCCAGGAGCAGCUGCACGAGGGGUCGUCGGAGCGCGCGAGCGGGGACGAGGGCAGGAGGCGGGUCGUUCCCAAGUCGUUUCUUCACAUUGACGCCGGUAAGGGCGCGUGA